AUGUACUCAGACAACAUCAACGCAGCCACUGUGGGCCCAGAUGACUGCACCGUCCAGCUGCUGGGCAACAUGGCCGCUCAGAUGGUGCAUCUUUUAUGUUUAAAAGAUGCUCAGCGCUCCAUCCCCAUCGGAACCAUCCUUGCCAUCCUCACCACCUCUUUAGUCUAUCUGAGCAAUGUCGUGUUGUUUGGAGCCUGCAUCGAAGGGGUGGUCCUCAGAGACAAGUUUGGAGAUUCAGUUAAAGGCAAUCUGGUGGUGGGAACUUUGGCUUGGCCCUCGCCGUGGGUCAUUGUGAUUGGGUCCUUCUUCUCCACAUGUGACGCGGGCCUCCAGUCUUUGACCGGCGCUCCACGACUCCUGCAGGCCAUCGCCAAAGACAACAUCAUCCCCUUCCUCCGGGUGUUUGGCCACGGGAAAGCUAACGGGGAACCUACGUGGGCCCUGCUGCUGACAGCUCUGAUAGCUGAGCUGGGGAUUCUCAUCGCAUCUCUGGACAUGGUGGCUCCUGUUCUGACAAUGUUCUUCCUCAUGUGCUACCUGUUUGUGAACCUGGCCUGUGCCCUCCAGACCCUCCUGAGGACACCCAACUGGAGGCCUCGCUUAUCAUACUACCACUGGAGCUUGUCCUUUCUGGGGAUGACUUUCUGCCUGGCGCUCAUGUUUAUAUCCUCUUGGUAUUAUGCAAUCGUUGCCAUGGUGAUCGCCGGUAUGAGCUACAACUACAUUCAGUAUCAAGGAGCAGAGAAGGAGUGGGGAGAUGGGAUCCGUGGUCUGUCACUCAGCGCUGCCCGUUAUGCUCUGCUGAGGCUGGAAGGACCACCGCAUACUAAAAACUGGAGGUAUUGAAAUGUCUCACAAACA